AUGUCCUGUUUACUAGUCUUAUCGCCAAGUUGCUGCGCGAACCCUUUGCUGGGCAAACGAGGGGUCUCUUGUAGGGCGACAAUGAAGAUCGAUAGAUGGGCAGAUAGAUACAUGGAUGGACAACUGGUCAGUUAUGUCAACGGUGGCAUUGGCAACUGGGCCUGUUGCCAGGCUGUAGGGUGGUCGAGAGGCAUGUUUCUCCGACUGCACGUUCAUGACGGCCCAGUGUUCAGUGGGCGUCCGAACCUCAGCUGUUGCCACGGCGACUGCGUAAGAGAGGCCGAGGCAGGGACGGGGCCAGACGGCGACGGAUCAGGACGGGCAGGGGUGACCGUCCGCUUCGGAGGCGUCCGGUUCACGAGGUGGGUGAUCUAA